AUGCGACAAGAGGUGACAUUGGAGCUCUUGCCCAAGCAAUUGAGCGAGGCAGCCGACCAGUUUCAGCUUGUUUUGGAGGACCCAGAAGGUGGUGCCAUCUUCAAUCCCAAUCAGGAUGGCUCCGAAGAUAGGUGUGUCUUGACCAUUACCAUCCUUAACGAGAAUGAUGAGCUAACGAGGAACAUCGCAGCUAUGAAGAUGAGCCAGUUCGUAGAUAAGGUGAUGAACAUCGACAAGCUGCGCCUGGGAGCGCAGUCUUGGUACGAGGACAUCAUCUCCUCAGUCUGCGACGUCACAGAUGAUGGAGAGAGGGCGAGCUGCUUAGAUUGGAUGCAUCACAUCUUCAGCAUGCCUUGGAAGUUCACCCUCAGCGUGUCAGGGACCGAGGAUAGGUUGUUGAUUCAGCAUCCAGGGAACUCGCUGGCUGCUCAAUCUCCGGCAUCGCACCCCACGCAGCUUUUUCGCGUCAUGAAGGCCCGUUGGGGCCCGUUGGAGCCCGUUGGGCCCGUCGGGCCCGUUGAGCCCGCACGCUGGUCUGUGACCCAGUGCGGCUCGCUCCAGAAUGUCUGGGAUAGCUAUGCCCGCCAGGGCGGUCGCAUCGGUGCCGGCGGCUUCGGCUUCGUCUACAAGGCACAGAGUCGCAAGAGCAAGGAGAUGGUGGCGGUCAAGGCCGUUCCCAAGCUGGACCUGAAACGGGCGCCGCCUUCAACGGCGCCCGAACAGUUGGUGCAGAUGCGCAGGCGCGAUGCCCAGCGCCUCAGAGAGGAGAUCAAGAUCAUGAGGUUGUUGGAUCAUCCAAACAUUGUCAUGCUCCAUGAGACCUUUGAGGACGCAGAGAGCGUUUUCUUGGUGAUGGAGCUGUGUAGCGGUGGUGAACUCUUAGGUUUUAUCCUGGAAAGCGGCCAUCACAGCGAGAUGCAGGCGGCCAUUGUGAUGCGUCAGGUCUUCAAAGCGGUGCGCUACAUGCACUCCCAGCAGGUUUGUCAUCGGGAUCUGAAACACAGCAAUACUUUGCUGCUGAGUCAUGCUCCAUGCCACGAGAAUGUGGUGAAGGUCGUUGACUUCGGCCUGGCCUGCAGCUUCACUCCUGGGGAAGUGCUGCGGCAGUGCGCCGGCACCGUGGUCUACGUGGCGCCGCAGGUGCUGGAGUGUCGCUAUGACCACCGGGUCGACCUGUGGAGCUGCGGAGUCUUGCUAUACAUCCUCCUGUGCGGCUAUCCCCCUUUUCGUGGAGAGACAGAUGCGGCCAUUAUGACAGCCAUCCGCAGGGGUAACUACUCCUUUCCCGCCAGAGACUGGUCCAUCGUCUCGGAGAACGCAAAAGCGUUGAUCCGUUCGCUGUUGAAGAUGAAAGUCAAGGAUCGCAUCAGCAUUGACGACGCCCUGGAACACAGCUGGACUCAGGACCCACCAGGUGAUGGGGCACAACUGAGCAAAAC